GGUUAUCUAUCUAUCAAUCUCAUCUUAUGUCAUAUUAACAAACGUGUAACAUAACACAUAUAACAAACAUAGACUUGGUUAAGUUAACACAUCGUGCGUGCGUGCGUGCUUCACUUCUCCCUCCCUCUCUCUCUUUCUCUAUCAGGUUAAUUUAUCAUGGCUGAACCUUCCAAAGUCAUCCACGUUCGAAAUGUGGGGCACGAAAUAUCCGAAAAUGAUUUACUUCAGUUAUUUCAACCUUUUGGAGUCAUUACAAAGCUUGUAAUGUUACGUGCCAAAAAUCAGGCACUUAUCCAAAUGCAAGAUGUUCCUUCUGCAGUUAGUGCUUUACAUUUUUAUGGAAACACUCAGCCAAGCAUAAGGGGGAGGAAUGUUUAUGUCCAGUUUUCAUCUCAUCAAGAGCUAACAACAAUAGAUCAAAGUCAAGGACGAGGAGAUGAGCCAAACCGAAUUCUCUUAGUUACAAUUCAUCACGUGCUCUAUCCCAUAACAGUGGAUGUACUGUAUCAAGUUUUUUCUCCUCAUGGAUCUGUGGAAAAGAUCGUGACAUUUCAGAAGUCAGCUGGCUUUCAGGCUCUCAUCCAGUAUCAAUCACAACAGAGUUCUAUUACUGCAAGAACUGCACUUCAGGGUCGCAAUAUUUAUGAUGGUUGCUGUCAGCUGGACAUUCAAUUCUCAAACCUUGAUGAAUUACAAGUGAAUUAUAAUAAUGACCGUUCAAGAGACUUCACAAACCCAAAUCUCCCUACAGAACAGAAAGGCAGGCCUCCACAACUUGGAUAUGGUGAUGCAGGAAACAUGUAUGGUGUUCAGGGUUCUGGACCCAGGACAGUCGGAUAUCCACAGAUGCCCAAUGCUGCGGCCAUUGCAGCUGCUUUUGGGGGAGGUUUGCCUCCUGGAAUAACUGGGACAAAUGAUAGGUGUACACUUCUUGUCUCAAAUCUUAAUCCUGAUAGAAUUGAUGAAGACAAACUGUUCAACUUGUUCUCCCUUUAUGGAAACAUUGUGAGAAUUAAACUUCUACGGAACAAACCAGAUCAUGCACUUAUCCAGAUGGGAGAUGGUUUCCAAGCUGAACUGGCUGUACACUUUCUGAAGGGAGCCAUGUUGUUUGAUAAGCGACUAGAGGUCAACUUCUCGAAGCAUCCAAACAUAACACAAGGUGCUGACACACACGACUACAGCAACUCAAAUCUCAACCGUUUUAAUCGUAACGCUGCUAAAAACUACCGCUAUUGCUGCUCCCCAACGAAGAUGAUUCAUUUGUCCACACUCCCACAAGACAUCACUGAAGAUGAGAUUGUGACCCUUCUAGAGGAGCAUGGAACCAUUGUCAAUAGCAAAGUAUUUGAGAUGAAUGGGAAGAAACAAGGUCUGGUUCAGUUUGAGACUGAGGAUCAGGCUACUGAAGCCCUUGUGUGCAAGCAUGCUACCUCACUUUCUGGCUCGGUAAUUCGGAUCUCCUAUUCUCAAUUGCAGAAUAUAUGAGCGUUAACAAUGUUAAGGAUCCGUGGACAACCGAAGUAGCAGUUGUUAUGCUCAGUAGAGACAAGGAUUCUGAAUUUGGAAGGAUUUUUUAUAUGCAGAUAGAUGAUGAUCUUCUUCAUUAUCUUGUAAUGGUGGCUUUGCUUGCUACUUUACUGUUGAUUAUCUUACACUCUUCGACUUUUCCCCCUUAAUCAUUUCUUUUCUCAUCUCCAUUGCUCUAUUAUUUCUUUAGAUUACUAACAUAAUGUAGAGUAGGGGUGUAGAUUUUGUGAUUGGUGAAAGUUGAGUCUUAGGAAUAGAAAGGAGGGGAAAUCACUGCCUUCGUUUCCCCACCUUUAUUUAUUUUUAAAUCAUUGUUGUAUUUUGGCCAAAUAUGCCAUUAUGUUGUAUUCUCAAUCCAUAAAAUUUUCUAGUUGAAUUGAGUAAGAAGCUCUUUUUCUUUC